AUGGACUAUUAUUGUCAAGUCGAGUUCUGUAGAAAAGGGUUUUACAAUGCACGAGGAUUAAUCAAUCAUAUGAUGUUGCAUCAUAGUCAUGAAAAACAACUGAGUUUGUCGUGUAGUUUAGAUAGUUGUGGUUAUCGUUAUAACACUGUUAAUACCUUUAGGUGUCAUCUUUUCAAAUUUCAUGCGUCUCAUCUUGUUUCCAUAAUUUCCGAUAAACUGACUGAUCUAUCUGAAAUUACAUGUGAACAUACAGAAGAAAGUGAUAGAGAAGAAAAUAUCGUGGAAAAGGAAACAGAGAACAUAACCAUUAUUGAGAGUGUGGAUGAAAAUGCCAAUAAACUUAAUACAGAGUUUUCUGAUUUUUUAAAAUGUUUUGGAAAUAAUGUAUGUAUAGCACAGCUACAAUUGCGCGAAAAACACAUGUUACCUCUUUCAGCAGCUUCUGAUAUAUGUGAUAUGGUUAAAUAUUUACUUGAUUUGUUUCAAAAUAGUUUUGUAUCAUUAAUAAGACAAAGGCUUAAGGUACUAAAUAUUGAAUCAGAUGACGAUUCUGUGUUGAACCAAAUAUUAAAAUUUUCCUCAAUUUAUGACAGAGUGUCCCAAUUAUUUGCAACAGAUCAUCUUAAAAUGUUAUAUAUGCUAAAUAACCUUGAAUUUGUUCCACCAAAAGAACUUGACAUGCCAGCUAAUGAACUUCACCAGUUUAAUGAAAGUGUUGAUGGUUCUAACAAUGAAAUAAGCAGUGAAAUAUUGUCGCCACCUCUUAUAACAAACACAGAUGAUAUAUGGGCGAGCUGUGAACGAAAUCGUCUAAAACCAGUUGAAAAUGAUGGCAUUAUACGAGAUUACUCUGAUGGCACACAUUUUAAAUCAUUAAAUGUUAAUAACAAUAAAUUUAUACGUUUACAUUUGUAUAAUGAUGAGCUAGAAAUAUGUAAUGCACUAGGAAGCAGACGGGGUACUCACAAGAUUUCAAUUUUUUAUUUUAUAGUUGGGAAUGUUGACACUCAUUUAUGGACAAAUCUCGAUCACAUUCAUUUAGUAUUAGUUGCCCAAUACAGUGCUGUCAAAAGGUUUGGAUAUGAUAAAGUUCUAAAUAAACUUAUGCAUGAUGUGAAAUUGCUUGAAAUAUAUGGACUUGAUUUAAAUAUUGAUGGCAGUAUUGAACAUGUAAAUGGUUCUAUUGUUACAUUCUCUGGUGAUAACUUAUCCUCUCAUUCUUUUGGUGGUUUUUCUACUUGCUUUUCAUCUAGCAGAAUUUGUCGCCACUGCAUGGUUUCGUUUAGGUUUAUUUCAGAUGUUCAUUCAGAAUCUUCGUGUCAGUUGCGAACAAUAGAUUUACAUAAAUAUCAUGUUCAACAAGUGAAGACUGAUAAGUCACUUGUAUAUGGUGUUCUUUCUCGUUGUUCUUUAUCUAGUUUACAAUAUUUCAAUGCAAUUGAAUGUUUCCCACCUGAUUUUAUGCAUGAUGGACUUGAAGGACUUUUGAGUGUUAAUUUUUCAAUUGUUUAUAGCAUUCCAGAUAGUUGUGAUAAACCUGCUGUAUCAUGUAUUCCAAAUAAUUUGGGAACAACCAAUAAAAGAAUCCAUGGAAAAGCAGUAGAGAGAUGGUUGCUAUUUUAUUUUUUGCCAGUUUUUGUCAGUUGCCUAGUAAAAAAUCCUGAUAUACUCCUAAAUAAUAAUUUUUGGCAGCUUCAUUUGCUUUGUCGACAGAUAGUACAAAUCAUUUUGGCUCCAGAAAUUGAUAUAAAUUGGAUACCUAUUCUUGAGCAUCUCAUUCAAAGACACCAUUCUCUACUUGAAUGCAUUAGUCCUGUUUCAUUUAUACCUAAAAUCCAUUAUUUAGUACAUUAUCCUAGAUUACUAUUACAUUUUGGACCUCUGCAACACCUCUGGGUAAUGAGAUUUGAGUCUAAACAUCAAUAUUUUAAACAGAUUGCACGCUGUGUAAAAAAUUUUAAAAAUAUAACAUUCACUUUGACACAACGACAUGAAAUGCGUAAGUGUGUUACAAAUUUCGGAAGAAGCCCAUAUGUUAAGGGUCCAGAAAUUUUAGGUAGUCAGAAAAUUUUAUCUAUAAGUUCAAUUCCAUUUGAACUUGUAGAUGCUAUUAAAAAUAGGUUUGGUAACACCCAUCAAAUAAAUAGAGCUGAGCAGUUUAUAUCCACUACUAAACUUAGAAUUAAUGGACAGGUUUUUUAUACAACAACGUCUACUAUUUGUCAGAAAAAAGCUAGCAAUGACUUGCCCCUAUUUGGAAAAGUUAAAUAUAUAUUAUUGUUUCAAGGAACAUGGAUUAUUUGCUGUGUUUUGCAAAUAGCAAAAGAAUAUAUUGAAUUUGCUGAUUUUUAUACUAUAGAGUGCUCUGACAAUUGGGUUGUAGUGAUACCUGGAGAACAUGCCAAUCAUUCGUCCCUGGGAUCCUAUUUUGUCAAUAAUCAGGAAGGCAUUUUGUUUCGUCAUCGCGUAUGCAUAGAAGAGAAAUGA